CACUCCCCUCUAAACUCCGGCUCUUCCAUAUACCCUUUUCCGUUCUAUGCGUAUUCGGAUCACUUCUUCAGCUUGGACCCCCCCCAGUCUCUGAUCCGAAUCCACUCCCAAUUAGGUUUGUGAUGAAUGGUCCCAUUUGUGAAUCCCCUGUUCCUCCACUGUCGUUAUGUCUCCGUCGGACACUUUUGCUUGCAAGGCUCCCAUCAAUCAAUCCAUUAUUAUCUUGCUCUUGACGCCCUGACUUACCUUUCUCAUAUAUCGCGUCAUUCAUUCGUUCCCUUCUCCCAACAUUCCUAUAUCAGGGGCAUGGCUCUUGUCUCGUCCUGACAAGUAGUUCCUUUUUCUUCUUUCUUUACCCGAAGUUUUCCCCUUUGUUUACCCACAGCAUUGUCAACAUGUCGCUGGUGGGCAAUUUCAUCAGCAACGGUGACCGUACCGCUGAAACAGCUGGCUUCAGCACUCAACCACAUAUUCCUACCCGGGAAAGCCAGGUCGAAGAGACAUAUCAUCCAUUUCGAACAAAAUCUAGAUCAUCCGCCCAUGCACAAAUGUCUCCCAAUGAUGACCCUUCCCAGGUCUCCGCCUCGGGCGACAAGCUAGACUCCUCCAGCAGUUCAGAAGAUGAGGGUGCUGAGAGAGUCAAAUACUUGGCCAGACAAUUCUCUCGAAAUUCAGCCUUCUCAAUCAACGACAGUCCCUUCCAAGCAGAGCCAGACCCAGCCAUUGAUCCUAGUUCCGAUUCGUUUCGACCCAGCGCCUGGGUCAAGGCUAUGUUUAAGCUCCAGAACGAGAAUGAAAGAUUUCUUGCCAGAACCGCGGGCUUUGCUUUCCGCAAUCUCUCUGCCUAUGGCUAUGGUGCCUCCACCGAUUACCAAAAGUCCGUUGGCAAUGUCAUUUUUCAAGUCGUCGGCCUCGUCCGUAGCUUGGCUGGCGUAGGUCAACGAAGAAUCGACAUUCUUCGCAACUUCGAUGGCCUUGUUCUGCCUGGUGAGAUGUUGAUCGUUCUUGGCCCUCCAGGUUCUGGCUGUUCCACUUUCCUCAAGACCAUUGCCGGUGAAACCCACGGCUUCAACGUCGAAAAGGACUCUUAUAUCAACUAUCAAGGCAUUAGCUAUGCUGAUAUGCACAAGCACUUCCGUGGCGAGGCCAUCUAUACUGCUGAACAGGACGUCCACUUCCCUCAGUUGACUGUUGCAGAAACUCUUUAUUUUGCAGCCCGUGCCAGAGCUCCCAGGUUUCUCCCAGGUGGUGUCUCAACGGAGAAGUACGCUGCACACAUGAGAGACGUUCUCAUGGCCACUCUGGGCAUUCGCCACACCUUCAAUACCCGAGUUGGAAACGAUUUCAUCAGAGGAGUCAGUGGUGGCGAGCGUAAGCGUGUUAGUAUUGCAGAGGCUAUGCUCAACCAGUCCCCUCUGCAAUGUUGGGAUAACAGUACUCGUGGCUUGGAUAGCGCCAACGCCCUUGAGUUCUGCAAGAGUCUACGUGUAUCAACAAACAUCCUGAGCUCUACCGCUGCCGUUGCCAUCUAUCAAGCGCCUCAGAGUGCCUACGACACUUUUGACAAGGCCAUUGUCCUCUACGAAGGUCGACAGAUCUACUUUGGCCACAAGGAUGCGGCACGGGACUAUUUCGUUCGAAUGGGCUUCCAUUGUCCAGACCGCCAAACCACGGCAGAUUUCUUGACUUCCAUGACUAGUCCCGACGAGAGAAUUGUCCGUGAGGGGUUUGAGAACAAGGUACCUCGCACACCAGACGAGUUCGCCCAAGCCUGGAAGGACAGCCCUGAGCGUGCACAGCUCCUCAAGGAUAUUGAAGCCUUUGACCAACAACAUCCCAUCGGUGGAGAAGGCUUGGAGAAGUUCAAGGAGUCCAGACGUCUUCAACAAGCCAAACAACAAAGAGUCAAGUCCCCCUAUACCCUCUCCUAUGGUCAGCAAGUUCGACUCUGCCUCUGGCGUGGAUUCCGAAGACUCUUCGCCGACCCAAGUAUCACCUUUAUCCAACUGUUUGCCAACACCAUCAUGGCUCUCAUUCUAAGCUCCAUCUUCUACAACCUCCCCAAGACUACAGGGUCCUUUUUCGCCCGAGGCGGUCUUUUGUUCUUCGCCAUCUUGAUGAAUGCCUUUAGCAGCGCUUUGGAGAUUCUCACUUUGUACGCCCAACGACCAAUUGUCGAAAAGCAUCAACGUUACGCUCUUUACCACCCUUCGGCCGAGGCAUUUGCUUCCAUGUUGACCGAUAUGCCGUACAAGGUCCUCAACACUAUCGUCUUCAACAUCACCCUCUACUUCAUGACCAACCUCAGGAGAGAACCCGGAGCAUUCUUUUUCUUUAUGCUCAUUUCCUUCUUCCUCACUUUGGCCAUGAGUAUGCUGUUCAGAACUAUUGCCUCUGUGUCGAGAUCUCUGAGUCAGGCUCUUGCUCCUGCCUCAAUUCUCAUUCUGGCUAUCGUCAUCUACACUGGUUUCGCCAUCCCUGUCAACUAUAUGUUGGGUUGGGCUCGCUGGAUCAAUUACUUGGACCCUGUGGCCUAUGGCUUCGAGGCCUUGAUGAUCAAUGAAUUCAGUGGUCAAAAUUACGAAUGCACUAUGUUUGUACCAUCUGGUCCUGACUAUACUGAUGUCCCGGCGUUGUCGCGUAUUUGCGGCACCACUGGAGCUCAACCCGGUCAGUCUUUUGUCAAUGGCGACGACUAUAUCAACACUACCUACCAGUACUAUGCUUCCAAUCGAUGGAGGAAUUUCGGUAUUCUUAUCGUCUUCAUGGUUGGUUUCCUCUUCACCUAUCUCGUGUCGGCCGAGGUUGUGUCUGCAAAGAAGUCCAAGGGUGAAGUUCUCGUGUUCCGUCGUGGACACAAGCCUGCACAUCUCAAGGACACGCCUGAAGAUGCCGAAAGCGGGGUGACAAGAUCUGCCGUCAAGGCCGAUGGCCGGGAUCUCCAGCCCAUCUCCAGCAUCAUUCAAAAGCAGACUGCCAUCUUCCAGUGGAAGGAUGUUUGCUAUGACAUCAAAGUCAAAGGAGGUGAGCGACGACUUUUGGACCAUGUCGACGGUUGGGUCAAACCAGGUACUCUAACGGCCUUGAUGGGUGUGUCUGGCGCUGGCAAGACUACUCUCCUCGAUGUUCUAGCCACCAGAGUCACAAUGGGUGUCAUUUCUGGAGAAAUGUUGGUCGAUGGACGACAACGAGACGAGUCCUUCCAGAGAAAAACAGGCUACGUUCAACAGCAAGAUCUCCACUUGGAAACCUCGACAGUCCGCGAAGCCAUGAAUUUCAGCGCCAUCCUCCGUCAACCAGCUCAUGUUCCUCGACAGGAGAAAUUGGCCUAUGUCGACGAAGUCAUCAAGUUGCUCGAAAUGACAGAGUACGCCGACGCCGUUGUUGGUGUGCCAGGUGAAGGUCUCAACGUUGAACAGAGGAAGCGAUUGACUAUUGGUGUCGAAUUGGCCGCUAAGCCACAACUCUUGCUCUUCCUCGACGAACCUACUUCUGGUCUGGAUUCGCAAACCUCGUGGUCGAUUCUGGAUUUGCUCGAAAAGCUGAAGAAUAACGGCCAAGCUAUCCUCUGCACCAUUCAUCAACCGUCAGCCAUGCUUUUCCAGCGCUUUGACCGUCUUCUGUUCCUCGCCAGCGGGGGUAAGACCGUGUACUUUGGACCCGUCGGUGAAUCAUCUCAUAUUUUGACCAGCUACUUUGAGCGGAACGGCGGCCACCCAUGUCCUCCGGAAGCCAAUCCUGCAGAAUGGAUGUUGGAAGUCAUUGGUGCGGCACCAGGGUCUCACACUGACAUUGACUGGAUCGAUACGUGGAGAAACUCGCCUGAAUACUACAGCGUCCAAGCAGAACUCGACCAAAUGAAGCGUGACCGAUGCAAACUCGAAAGAGCUACGUCCAACCGAGGAGACAAGUCAAGUUACCGGGAAUUCGCAGCACCUUUCUGGCUUCAGGUCUAUGAAACCUUGAAACGUGUCACCCAACAAUGGUGGCGUACUCCUUCGUACAUCUACAGCAAACUCAGCUUGGUCGUCUUUUCGGGUCUCUUCAUCGGCUUCUCCUUCUUCAAAGCCCUUAACACACAACAAGGUCUUCAAAAUCAAAUGUUUGGUAUUUUCAUGUUGAUGACUAUUUUCGGUCAAUUGGUCCAACAAAUGAUGCCUCACUUUGUCACUCAAAGAUCGCUAUACGAGGUUCGCGAGCGUCCUUCCAAGACAUAUUCCUGGAAGGCAUUCAUGCUCAGCAACAUCCUGGUCGAACUGCCCUGGGCAGCCUUUAGCGCCGUCCUCCUCUUCCUCUGCUGGUACUAUCCGAUUGGACUGUACGUCAACGCCGAACCCACCGAUUCAGUCCACGAACGCGGCGCAUUGAUGUUCCUGUAUAUUCUGAGUUUCCUGCUCUUCACAUCGACAUUCGCACACAUGGCCAUCGCCGCAGUCAACACCGCGGAAGAAGGAGGCAACAUUGCCAACUUGUGCUUCAUGCUCUGUUUAGUCUUCUGCGGUGUUCUCGUGUCACCGGAUGACAUGCCCGGGUUCUGGAUUUUCAUGUACCGCCUGUCGCCGUUCACAUACAUUAUCGACGGGAUGCUCUCGACGGCCGUGGCCGACACCAACGUCAUCUGCGCCGCGAAUGAAUACCUCCACUUCAACCCUGCCGAGGCUGGUCAAACCUGCGGCGAGUAUCUCGCUCCGUAUGUCUCGGCCAUGGGCGGAUAUAUCCUCAACUCCAACGCGACGGAAGAUUGCUCGUACUGUCAAAUCAGCGAGACCAACACUUUCUUGAACGCCGUCAACUCCCAUCCUCAAUACAUGUGGCGAAACUGGGGGUUGACUUGGGCGUAUAUCGUCUUCAAUAUCUGCGGCGCCGUUUUCUUCUACUGGCUAGGCCGUGUUCCUAAGAACAGAGGUAAAGGAAAGAAGGAAACUGGUUCUCCCUCGGCAACCAAAGAAGGAAGUCUGAUGGAAUCUCCCACCGAUGCAUCACCGAUCCGAGAGAAGGGUGUUGAAUCCGGGGAGACGACUGAUGUGAGUCAACCUUCGACGGCGCAGGGUUCGGGGACUGUGGUCACGGAAAAGGUGGAGAUGAAGGAUGAUGGUGGUGUGGUGAGAUGAUGAAUGUCAUGAAAGAACGAUGAUGACAAUGGGGGGUUAUUAUUUAAUUUUAUCUGUUUGUGGGGGUUUGGUUUGUUUCUUGCUAGUUCAAGAUUCAUUCGUCCAUUCCCUCGAGAACAUAUAUAACACCCAGAGUCUGUUUUGAUAUAUGUUAUGUUUUGUCUGGGAAAGGAAGGGGAGGUUUAUAUGCAUUGGUGUGGAGUUUUAUCUGGGCAUCUAUCUUAUCUGGUAUAGACAGGACCAUUAGAUAUGGGACAGGGUAGAGAAAUCGCAUUAUUAUAGACUAA